CUCGAUAUCCUCUUUGCGGCGUAUUCGGCCGUCGUGGUCAAGUAUGGGUUGGACUUGGACGUCGAUGUUGUGGUUGCAGCUUGGGGCGAGCUGGAAGGCGAAAGCAGCUUGGGGCCUGUUUAAGAAGAAGAAUAUUGAGGUGGCUGUGCAAAGGCUUGAGGAGUGGAAUAAUAAGCUGCAAAACUUCCUUCUGUGCGGUCUGUGUUUUUUGGAUGAUAAGAAAUUGAUGGAGUUGAGGGACGGGACUACUAUGGAGAAGUUGCGGCUUGCGCCUGGCCUGCGACUGCGUGCGAUCAUCACUGGCGCCAAUGCCUCCACCGUCGAUAUCGUCGAAGACGGAAUGGUUCUCAGUCCACCCGUGGCGAAUAGCUGUCUCCGGACCGUCAAUCACACUGGGGGAAAACCAGAAACCGUCUACGUAGAAUACAAACCUUACAAACCUCGACGCGGGGCCACCCAGCCCUCCGAUGCAAUGAUCCGUCGAGUCCGGGCCCUCGGAAACCUCCUCUGCCAGCCAUCAGCUUCAGAUGCCGGGUUUCACACGUUAUCGUGCAGGUGCAUCAUCAAGGAGAAGGACCACAACGGAAGGGCAUUGAAUAGAUACGCAUUCCUCUUCCGUCUCCCGGACGGAAACAGUGGGGAGCCCAUCUCCCUGUCCGCAGCGAUCACAAUCCAUCACUCCCAUCGUCCGACCCUCGGCCAGCGCUUCCAGAUUGCAAAGACACUGGCAACAACAGUCUUCCAACUGCACUCCGUAGGCUGGCUGCACAAAUCCAUCCGCAGCGAGAACAUUCUCUUCUUCGGCGCACCCGGGCAGAUGUACUCGCAGCAGUACCUCGUCGGCUUCGAGUUCUCGCGCGACGAGAACGACACCUCGACCAUGGAGCAGGACGACGCGCUGGAACGGAAUAUCUACCGACACCCUGACCGGCAAGGCCCACCUGACACUCGUUUCUCUGUGCUACACGACAUCUACUCCCUCGGUGUUAUCCUGCUCGAGAUAGGAUUGUGGCGGCCGGUAAUAGGCUUCGAGGCGUUUGCGGACAUGGAUCCGGAUACGGUCAAGGAGAGGCUGCGGGAACAUGCCAACGCAAGGCUGCCGCAUUAUAUGGGCAGGAAGUAUACACGGGCUGUGUUGGAGUGUUUGGACCAGACGCUGGUGGAUGGCGAUGUGGUGGCGCUGGGCGGUCUGGAAAGGUUCAGAGAGAGUGUGCAGAUUGCGUUUUGUGAGAAGGUUCUGGGGGAGAUUGAGGGCGGAGUUGCGUUGGAAUAGUGGUGGGCGGGCCGUCGUGAUUCCGAACAGUCGCUUUUGAACGUCUGUUUGAUUAUCGACUAUCAUCUAUAGAUCUGUCUUACGUCCGAGGAUCUACAUAUGGGUUUCUGUGCUUUGCGAGUUUCUCGGCCCGUGAGAGAAAAUCACAUUCAUCGCUCGAAUAACGAGCGAUACCCUGUGCGCAAUUCCAAGCAGAGC